AUGACGUCGGUGUCGGUAGAAACUCAGGCUAUGCUUCUGUCCAACAUCCUGCUUGAUGCAUACACACCACUGGCUGUAUUUCUAUUGCACUUGAUCACUAAUCAGCAGGGGAGACGACAUUGA